AUGUUCCUAUUCAUUUUUCUCGGUGAGCAAGUAAGUAAAUCCCUGCGUUCAGGUGAACCUCUUGGCCUCAGUCGUGAUAUUGCAAUUUUAAAAUCUACGGAUCUUGUUCUUCUAUCAUGUGUUAUUGCAUUUCCAGCUGACGAUGACGAUAAGACUUUAAAACUCAAAAUUGGAUUCGAUUUAACACCUGGAACAAAUGGAUCACCAACACUUCGAAUACGAGAUUUUGAAGAAAUAUCAAAUCUACGAAAAGUAAACAGUGGAAGAAAACCUCCAAAAAGAUCUGUACGAGCGGAAUACUCGAGUGAUAGUGAAAAUGAUGAUGGCAAAGAUGGUGGAAAAGAAAAAACAGUCCCAGAUUCUGACAUGUCUGACGAUGCCGAAACUUCAGCUUCUGAAGACGACCGACGUCUGAGCACAAGAGGUUUAAAUCCAGAAGAUUUUGAACCUGAAGAUAAUCCUAAAAUUCAUGGAAAGUAUAAGGAUGAAGAUGAUUCAGAGUGA